AUCGCCUUUCACAGAGUGGACGUGAACUACAGCAAGAAAACUCUGAAGUUAAAAUUUUCCAUUGAGGAAAAAUAUGUCAACCUACAAGCUUACAUAUUUUAAUAUGAGGGGGAGAGCUGAGCUUGCCCGUUACAUUUUCGCCUAUGCAGGAAUCCAAUACGAGGACAUCAGAAUAGAGUGGGGCAAUUGGCCUACAAUCAAGCCUUCUAUACCAUUUCAGCAUCUUCCUGUAAUGGAAGUUGAUGGAGUCAUUAUUCAUCAGAGCCUUGCCAUUUCAAGAUAUCUUGCCCGGAAAGCAGGUUUGGUAGGGAAAAGCAUCUUGGAACAAACCCAAACUGAUGCUUUGGUGGACUCCCUGAAUGACUUCACAACAUUGAUUCCAUGGAAAGAGAAGGAUGAAAUCCUUAAAAAAAAGUUGCUUGAUGAUUUGUUUGACAAUGAAGCCCCAGUGCUUUUGCAGAACUUUGCAAAUCAAUUGGGAAACAAGGACUGGUUUGUUGGAGAUUCAGUUACUUGGGCAGAUUUCUACUGGGAUGUUUGUUUUAUAACUUUUACUACACUGAGGCAAGACUUUGCAGCAAACUACCCAAACCUGUUAGCUCUGAAAGACAGGGUUGAAGCCAUUCCCGAAAUAGCAGAAUGGAUCAAAAACAGGCCACAAACCAUCCUCUAA